UCUAUUUUUGUAGCCAUCAUAUUCCUUUGUAAUAGGAGAUUAACACAACAUUGAAAUCCUGAGUCAUACUCAUACAAAGGUGUAAUUCACUGACCUUUACUUCAGAUCUUUGAGUGAUUACGAAACCUUUACUAGACCACUGGUGUGCGGUUACUGUACUGUGGGUAAAAAGUCAAGAGUUCGUUGUCUUUGUGCUAGCCUUUUUUUUCCCCAUAAAAACAUCUAGCACACAAAUUGUUUACUGCAGUUUUAUGAAGCCCAUAUCGCCUUAGUAUAUUGUAAAGAAAAUCACACUUGAUUUGUUUUUUUAAUUAAAGAUUGAAAAAAAUAAAAAAUUUCAAUCUUAAUUACUGAUACAGUAAAAUUGUCUGCGCUCUUUUUUAAAAUCCUUUAUACAUAAAUGAUCACAAAUUACUAAUUUCAUCGCUCCAACUGCCCCCUCCUAGUAGCUUCUUCAGUUUCCGUGGAUUCUUUGUUUCAAUCUUUUCGCUUAAUCCCCCUUUUACCUUCACCCAUUCCAAACCUGCCCUCUUAAUCCCAACCCUCAUUUUCUUAAUCCCAAUCCCUCCUCUAUUCAUCCCAACACUUUUCCUCACACAUUACAUAUCUUCCUCACACAUUACAUGCACCCUUCCCUUGUUCAUCCCAAUCCUUAUCUUAUAAAACUUUUCCAACAGUCAUCUUAAACAGAUUAUGUGUUAAUUAUCUACCACAAGACAAUAAUGACAUUUGUCCAAGGCCCUAUGAUUUAUCUAAGGUCAUUAACCGUGUCUGAAGCAAACACUAUUUGGGCAACUUGAAACACCCCCAUAUUUUUGACCAUGUCCAAUGUUACAAAUGGGUUAGUCACUGUUUUAUUACAACAAUGAUGAGGAACAGAUCUUGUACCUGCUUAGUAAUUUUGCUGCUGAGCUUGUCUGAAAUGGCUCACAGUGGAAAUGUACUGGUGCUUCCUGGUGAAUACAGUCACUAGCACAACGUGCACAUAAUCAGAUAUCUCCUCUGCUGUUGACAAUAAAGGUCAAAGUUUUGUUUUCACGUGAUAGAUGUGGAGGUUUGCAGGUUUUGUGCUCUGGCUUAUUCCAUGUGUGAGCUACAAGGCUGAUCAUCCUGCAAUCAUGAGUGCACGUGGGAGAGCUGCUCUCUGCCUUCUUUUCCUGCUCAGUCUGAACCAAACUCUGCUGUGUGUGACAGCAGGGAAAAUCCUCGUCUGGCCUUCGGAAUUCAGUCACUGGCUUUACAUGAAAAUCAUCAUCGAUGAGCUUAUAACGAGAGGACACAGUGUGACCAUAGUUACUCACAGUGCUACACCAUCUGUAAUGACAGAGCAGUCUCCGGGCUACAAUGUGGAGAUCAUACAGGUGCCUCACAGCAAGAAGGACGUUAUUGACAACUGGGACAGGCUUUUAAACUAUUGGAUGUAUGACCUGCCAAAUACCAACAACAUCCAGGCUUUUCUGAAGCUCACUGAAAUUAUUGACAAUAUAAUCGAGCAGAAUCAAGUACUAUGCAGGGAGCUUUUUGCACGUGAAGAUCUGCUGGAGAAGUGGAGAAAGGAAAAGUUUGAUGUUCUUCUGACAGAUCCUGUGACUAUAUGUGGGGAACUGUUAGCACAGAAGCUCAACCUGCCGUUCAUCAACAGUGUGAGGAUCAGUUUUGCAAGUUUUAUUGAGCGAUUCUGUGGUCAGCUGCCGACACCACCAUCCUAUGUGCCAGCUGUUGGCAUGGGCUACACGGAUCACAUGGAUUUCCCACAGAGAAUGAAAAAUAUAUUGUUUAUUGUCUUUCAAGAUAUAAUGUAUAAUCUAAUGGCCAAGUUGAAAUGGGAUCACCUCGCCACAGAAGUCAUGGGUAAACCUACAACAAUAUGUGAAACUAUUGGCAAAGCUGACAUCUGGUUAGUCCGCACGUAUUGGGACUAUGAAUAUCCACGGCCACUCCUCCCAAACUUCAAAUUUGUGGGUGGCUUACAUUGCAAGCCUGCAAAACCUCUACCAAAAGACAUGGAGGACUUCGUGCAGAGCUCGGGAGAUGAUGGUAUUGUAGUGUUUUCAAUGGGUUCCAUGGUUAAAAACCUCACCAAAGAGAGAGCGAACACCAUCGCUUCAGUGCUCGGCCAGAUUCCCCAAAAGGUCUUGUGGCGAUACACAGGCGAGAAACCAGAAACUCUUGCUUCUAAUACUAGACUCUAUGACUGGAUUCCCCAGAAUGAUUUACUAGGACAUCCUAAAACCAAGGCCUUCAUCACCCAUGGUGGGCUUAAUGGAAUAUAUGAAGCGAUUUAUCAUGGAGUUCCCAUGGUGGGCCUGCCGCUGUUUGCAGAUCAGCCUGACAAUGUAAAUCACAUGAAAACCAAGGGAGCUGCUGUUAUGCUUGACUUCAACAAAAUAGAGACCAACGACUUGAAGCAGGCUGUCGAUGAUGUCAUUAACAAUCCAUCCUACAAGAAGAGCAUGAUGAGACUAUCCCGAAUCCACCACGAUCAACCAAUGAAGCCGCUAGACCAAGCCGUCUUCUGGAUUGAGUUUGUGAUGCGCAAUAAGGGGGCCAAGCACCUGAGGGUCGAAGCCCAUAACCUCACGUGGUAUCAGUACCACUGCUUGGACGUGGCAGCCUUUUUGCUUUCUGUAAUCGCACUAGUCGUGUUCAUCUUUGUGAAAACAUGCAGUUGGUUCUUCUGUAAAUGUUUCAGAAAGACUCCAGCUAAGAGGAAGAAAGAGUGAAGCAUGCAUAUAUGAAUGUAUUAAUAAGUACUGUGAUAUUUUGACAUAGAUUUUAGGAAUAACACACACUGUUACAUGUACAUUAUACAUUCCGGAGGUUUUUACUGUUCAUACAGUGCAGUAUAGUACUGUAUGUCCAGGUUUACUUUUAAAUGAUUCCAACACUAUUGAGAACAAAGCAAUUAAACAGAGAUUUUUAUCUGCA